AUGGCAAUCAGCUAUCUAAUACUGUUGUCGAGGCAGGGUAAAGUGAGACUUGCAAAAUGGUUCUCCACCCUGUCUCCCAAAGACAAGGCCAAAAUCAUCAAAGAUGUCACACAGCUCGUCCUCUCGAGGCGCACUCGCAUGUGCAACUUUCUCGAGUAUAAAGACACCAAAGUCGUCUACCGCCGCUAUGCAUCCCUCUUCUUCAUCGCCGGCUGCUCCUCCUCCGACAACGAGCUGAUCAUCCUCGAGAUUGUCCAUCGCUACGUCGAGCAGAUGGACAAGUACUACGGCAACGUCUGCGAACUGGACAUCAUCUUCAAUUUCCAGAAGGCGUAUUUCAUCCUGGACGAGCUGCUGCUCGCCGGGGAGAUGCAGGAGAGCAGCAAGAAGAAUGUUCUCAGGUGCAUUUCGCAGCAGGAUAGUUUGGAGGAUAUGGAGGUGAGUGAGGGGGAGGGUUUCUUUGAGUAA